UCACCCAAAAUUUCAUUUUCCACUUUUUUUUUGGGGGGGCAUUUAACGAUAAAACGGUUUUAACUUAUUUAAAGUCCCCUUAACGAGGUCUGUGGCUUUCACAUUUUCUUUCGAAAUUCCCUGCCAGCCCCUGAUACUAUCUUGAUAAUACAUCCUGUGAGGGAGUCGGUGAGCCAGGGUUCGCAAGAUGUCAGAGUUGAGCCGUGGCCGCCUGAGGUAUAACAGCUGGCAGUAACGCUUGUGCUUGAUAAGUGAUGAUAACGCUCAAGUGACAGCUGCCGCUAAUGCUGGUACUUGAUUGGUGAUGAUAACGCUCAAGUAAUGUCUACCACUAACGCUGGUAUUUGAUAGGUGAUGAUAACACUGAAGUAAUACCUGCCAGUAAUGCUGAUCUUAAGUAAUAAUAACGCCGGAGUAAUAACUGCCACUAACGCUGGUCUUAAGUGACAGCAACGCUCAUGACACGACUUCAACCUUAGAAUUUAUGACUCGAAAAUGCCCUAAUAACACCACUGUAAACAAGUCACAGAAUUAGGAUUGUUUUACACAUUCUUCAAUUCCAAAUGACUAUUUUUGAGUAAUUGUAAUGCGAGAAUUUACAAGUGAGACGCAGUGGCUAAUAUGAUCCUGCGAGAUCUAACGACAAGUAACCUUAACACGCCCUGAAGAGGAUGUCACUGGAGAUUGUAUUUUGAGUAUUGUGUUGUGAAGUGAUUGGUACUGUGUUGUAAAGUGACUGGUAUUGUGUUGUAAAGUGACUGGUAUUGUGUUAUAAAGUGACUGGUAUUGUGUUGUAAAGUGACUGGUAUUGUGUUGUAAAGUGACUGGUAUUGUGUUAUAAAGUGACUGGUAUUGUGUUGUAAUGUGACUGGUAUUGUGUUGCAAAGUGACUGGUAUUGUGUUAUAAAGUGACUGGUAUUGUGUUGCAAAGUGACUGGUAUUGUGUUGGAAAGUGACUGGUAUUGUGUUGCAAAGUGACUGGUAUUGUGUUAUAAAGUGACUGGUAUUGUGUUGCAAAGUGACUGGUAUUGUGUUGGAAAGUGACUGGUAUUGUGUUGGAAAGUGACUGGUAUUGUGUUGGAAAGUGACUGGUAUUUAUUACGAACUAGCCAUAGGUCUACCUCUAACGUUCGAAACUGGAAGACGUUCCCAAUCAGUCAGCAUUUUUGGCUGCAUGAGACUUUCUUCAGCAGAACAUUUCGUCAAGGGUACGACGUUUUGAACCGGACAGGCAAAUAUUUUGAUGCAGUAUAAUAUACACAAGAUGUAGGACAUUUCAGACCAGCUCAAAAAACCUAUUUUUUAAUCGUCGAAAGGAAAGUAUAUAAACCCAGACUAUGAGCGGGAAUAGCAAAUACAUAAUUUAUUUGACUCUCUGCAGCCUCACCAUGCUGGAGUGUGUCGUCACUCUCUUUAUCAAUGUAACAGACAAGACGCUCAGAGCCAAGCCUUCCACAGCCUUUGGGAACAGCCUGUUAUCAAGUAUCUUUGUGUUGUCAGCCAUAUCCUUUGCCUGUAAUUUGUUUUUCGUUGUUUUUUAUAAUACAGAAGAUUAUAAAUGGUGCAGCAUAGCCUUAGGCGUGUGUCUGAGGUACUUUCACGCAGUAACUAAUUUUAAUUUGACCUGUUUGGCUCUCGAUCGGUACGUAGCUAUUUGCUGGCCUCUUCAUUACAGCAGGAUGCUGACGAAGGCUCGUUGUUACCUACUGUGUCUAGCCUGCUGGAUCACCCCCUGUUUUCUACUACUCCUACUGCCCUGCGGUUCUCAACUGACGAUUUUGUGCCUCAACGGGAAAGUAAGCAUGAAGUUCCUGAUCGCUUACACCGUCGUAUACACUCUUGCAGUCCUCGCCACAUUCGUCUUCUACGUCCUUGUCGCUGUGGAGUUCCGUAGGGAAAGUCGUGGUCACUCCGUCGAUACGGAGAAGACGGAGCGCCUCCUCCGAACAAGGACAGCCGUUUCUGCUAUGAAAGUCCUUGUGCUCUAUGUUCUUCUCGCUCUUCCACACACCAUCUACCCACUGGUGAGCAGAUCGAUAGUAGACAAACCGCCGGUCCUACGCGACGUCUUCCACAUCAUCAACCGUAUCUACCUGCUCUUCUUCCUGCCCAUCUACGCGUGGACAAACGCUCCCUUCAAGCAGGCUCUCUGCUCCCGGCGGAGGACACUACUUGAGAGGUUGAGUUCGUUGGUGGUUUGGCUCUUCUUCAACGGACCUCCCCAGAUGAGACAGGCUUCGGAGGAAUCAUCGCAGAUGUCUUGUCUUCGAAGUAGUGAAUUAGAAAGACACGUUGUUUGACUGACUGGGAAAGAAAGGUUUCUGUCGCUCUCUUGAGUACAGAAUGUACCAGCUGAUGACUUGGUGUCUGAUUGGCUAGACUAUCCCAUACAUAAAUUAUCUGACCCUCCAGUUGACCAACACUCCUCUGAACAAACUAAAUACUCAUGGUUAGUCACCAGCUAGGGCUGGUGACUAACAAUUAGAUGGUAAGAUCUAGCCGCCCUUGCAAGGGAUCAAGCCUACAUUGUUCCAUGAGCUGAAUGACCCACACGGGUUUAAUGUUUCACAUUACCCCAAAAAAUCUAGACUGCAUUAUGACCCCCAUCACCAAGUAACAGAGAGAGAGAGAGAGAGAGAGAGAGAGAGAGAGAGAGAGAGAGAGAGAGAGAGAGAGAGAGAGAGAGAGAUAGAGAGAGAGAGAGAGAGAGAACUGGUUAUAAAUAUUAUUUCUGUUCUCGUUAUUCUCGUUUAUAACACUUGGUAACAUGCAGGCCUUCAGAAAAACAACUGCUUCAAUUAGUGUAGGUCUAAUAUCUGCCCAUCCUACUCAACCUCCACCGUUACAAUUAAAUUCUUAGAAACAUUACAUGAUUUUUUUAGCUAGUUUUGCUAGGCUUCUAGGUUACUUGAUUUUAUCAGAGGGGUUCGAGUCUUCCCUGCCAUCCCUUACUUGUAAGGGGUACGAGUGAACCUCUCCAGUACACCACUUAAUGCCCACUUUUAAUGAACACUUAACCUGUGGGUUGGCUAAUGGGGUUUGAAAGCCUAUCAACAACACUACCAACACUAAGGCUGAACGUAAACCCUUCACCAACAGACUAAAAUACAUCAACCUCAAUAAUAUGAAUCAAAACACUCAAAAUAUACGCUGAGAGAAAUACACCUCUCUCAGUGUAUAUAUCCUGUGAUAUUUAGUAUCUCCAAACCCUCC